AUGAACGUGCGAAAUCCUCGAUCUUCACAUUCGGCAACAACAUCAUGUCAAACAAACAAUCAAUCAAAAUUCUGUCGUCUUUAUAAUGAAAGUCUAGCAGUUAUUCAAAACAAAUUUGCAUUUAAUCCAGGAAAAAUAUUUAGCAAAAGAAUCAACUGUUGGUUAAAUCAUCAAUUCGAAGUUCGACUACUGGACCAGGCAGCUUUGUCAUGGUAUUUAUUAGGCUCAACAGCUCAUCUUUGCUCCGGAGUAUUUCAACCAUUUUCACCAACAUGGGACUUUGGUCGUCAGCCGACAAUCAGCCAAGUUGCUUUUACAGCUAGUCAACUUAAUAAUCUUGACUUAUAUUAUGAAACAUCUGCUCGUUUAAUGACAAUUGCAUAUGGCAAUUUAAUGUGUAAACUGAUGAUAAAAAAUGAAAGAAAUGAUAAAUGGAUAACUGUUCGUCUUGGUAAAUCACGUGAACAUUUACAUCAAAUAGCAGUCAAUCUUCAACUAGUUCAAUUAACAUUUGACUUGAUCGAUCAAUAUAAAGAUACAUUUGGUGAUUUAAACCACGGACUGGAUGAUAUGAUUUUUCAACAACGAAUGAAAUUUAUAGCUGAUAACUUCCUUGGUCGACCAAAUGAUCAAACAAGAAUCAGACUGGAACUAAGAUUAUCUAUUGCAAAUUCAGCUGUCCGAUUAUUAAAUCUCCUUCUUCGCCAAUACUUACGCGUUUUUGGAGAAGAUAAUAUUUCUUUAAACACAAAUGAUUUUCAAGCGACUGAAAGUACCGAAAACGAACUCGCCGAAAAAGCAGCUGCAGUUAUAACUGUACCACCGGCCAAUAAACAUCAUCAAUCAAUACCAAACGAAAGCUCAAUUAAAGAACUAGCGCGAUCUAUUUUAUUAUAUGAUGAAAUCGCUUUUACGAAAACCAAAUUGAGUCAUAGUCAAUUGAUUGUACAUUGUGGAAAAGCAGCUAAGCACAAUGUAACUCGACGAGCAUUCGAUAUAUGGGUAAAAUGUGUACCAACAUCUCUUGAUUUAACAGAUAUAACUCAAUUUCAAGUGUCUCUUGAAGAGUUUAACAUUAUUUGGGACCUAUAUGAAAAAACAUUACGUAAAUUUCAAGUGCCAGCAGGCAUUAUUAUUAAUGAUGAAUUAUCUAAAUUGUUGAAAUCUCAACAAUAUCAACUAUUUAUACAAUUUGAUGUUGAUAGUCUUACUGUGGCACUCAAUAAUGUCAAACCUAAUCAAAUUAAUGAAGAGAACGGUAAUUAUUUUGAUGAUGAAGUAUUGAAUAUUCCGACUAUGAAUGAUUCAACAACUUCUUUUGCUUGCUCAAUAUCAGCCCUACAACAAUCAUCACAGCUAAAUUCCACCACAGCACCAGCUCUCCAUUCAGCUGACACUCCUCUAGAGACAGGUGUUUCAAAUGACAUUCCAGGACAAAAACAGCCUGUUACAAGCCAAGCUUCAUCCUCAAGUACAGGAAUCGUAACACAAUUUCGUUUACCACGACCUAUGGAUUUGGCUGCAACACGAACCAAACAAGCAGCAAUUAAUAGAUCGCGUGAUAUUGCCAAGAGGUCAACGUAG